GUCUGCGAUCUACGUCCGAUGCCUCACUUCCGCUCCCCGCCUCGCUCGUCGGAUGAUAUUCGUCUGUUUCCGCCUGGAACUUCCUUUCUGGCAGCGGCUUAAUCUUCGCCAACAUGCCACUCGCAAAAGACUUGCUGCACCCGACCCCCGAGGAGGAGAGGAGGAGGCACAAGAAGAAGCGUCUCGUACAGAGUCCCAAUUCUUAUUUCAUGGAUGUCAAGUGUCCAGGAUGUUAUAAGAUCACAACGGUGUUCAGCCACGCACAGACAGUCGUGCUUUGUGUCGGUUGCUCAACCGUCCUGUGUCAGCCCACCGGAGGCAAAGCUCGACUCACAGAAGGGUGUUCCUUCAGAAGGAAGCAGCAUUAAGAUGUUUUCUGGAUGCUUCAUUGGAUAGAGAGGGAAAGAGAGAGAGGGAGGAGACGGACCAGCCUCAGUGACAGCUGCCUGAUUAUCACAAGCAAGAGAUGAAGUAGAUCCAAUCACCCGCAGAGGGCUGAAGAACUGACAGGAACACCCUCCAACCUAGUGUCUCUUUUUCUCUCUGUCUCAGUCUCAAUAAAAUGUUUGGGCUACA